UCCCUCGCCCCGCCUUUUUCCUCUCCUCAGCUGCUCUACGCCCUCUCUCCCGCCCACUGGGCGCCGCCGGCCGGCCGAGCCACCGAGGGAGCCUCCAGCAGGGUAGAGGGACGACUCCCAAUCGGAAGUUACUGUUGAAGCUAAGGCAGCCAUGACGGAUAAUGGCACGGAGUUUCCUGGCCUCCCGUCUCCAGUGUGACGUAGUUUUCCCUUCGCCCAAAAAAAAAAAAAUAAAUAAAUAAAACUCGCCGUUGCCCUGGGCAACAGUCGAGCCGUCUGGGAAGAGAGAAAUCUGCAAGUAGGCCCGAAAAAGGACUAACGGUGACCAGACAUCCCAGUUUCUUCCGUAGGCCUGAGUCGAGGACUGUAAGUCAUCCUGGUCAUACCGGGUCGGGCGCCUACAGUUGCCGGGGAGAAGACCGGGAGAACUUGCAGGAAAAGACUUAGCUGUAUCCAACAAUUCAGAUAUGGCGGAAAUGAAGUCCAUGUUCCGCGAAGUUCUUCCAAAACAAGGGCAGUUGUCAGUGGAAGAUAUAACCACAAUGGUGCUGUGUAAACCCAAACUUUUACCCUUAAAAUCUCUGACUCUGGAAAAACUGGAGAAAAUGCAGCAAGCAGCCCAGGAUACAAUUCGCCAACAAGAAAUGGCAGAAAAACAACAGCAGCAAAUCACUCACUGAAUAACUUAGCACUUUUACAGAAAUACCUACCUUACUAUUAACAAUAGACAAUUAUUUGCAUCUGUGUGCUGAAGAUAGUGAAACUAACAGUACUUUUAAAUAAUAUUAAAAAUACCCGAGACUAAUGAAACUUGUGAAUUUAGACACUCUGGUUUGUAUUGUACUUUGAGUAAUUAAAAAACUUUGAACCCAAA